AUGAAAUUAUCGAGGCGGUGGUGUAUGGUCCUCACGGAGAAGAGCAAAAAAUGUUGGGGUGUUUUGUGUGGGACCGAGGUGCGGCCCGAGGUGCGGCCCGAGGUGCGGCCCGAGGUGCGGCCCGAGGCGCGGCCCGAGGUGCGGCCCGAGGUGCGGCCCGAGGUGCGGCCCGAGGUGGGGCCCGAGGCGCGGCCCGAGGUGCGGCCCGAGGUGCGGCCCGAGGUGCGGCCCGAGGUGCGGCCCGAGGUGCGGCCCGAGGCGCGGCCCGAGGUGCGGCCCGAGGUGCGGCCCGAGGUGCGGCCCAAGGGUCCAAGACCACUUGACAAGGGUCCAGGACCACUUGACAAGGGUCCAAGACCACUUGACAAGGGUCCAGGACCACUUGACAAGGGUCCAGGACCAUUUGACAAGGGUCCAGGGUCACUUGACAAGGGUACAGGACCACUUGACAAGGGUCCAGGACCACUUGACAAGGGCCCAGGACCACUUGACAAGGUCGUCACAAUCACCAUAUCGUGA